UAUGCCACGGAUCGUUGUACAUAGUGACUUGAAGCCUAGCAACGUCUUGCUAGACGAAAGGCUGAUUGGACAUGUGAGUGACUUUGGCCUGGCCAAGUUAUUGGGAGAAGGGGAAUCUAUUGCUCAUACUAAAACACUUGAUACAAUGGGCUACAUUGCACCAGAGUAUGGAUCAGUAGGAUUAGUUUCUAGAAGAUGUGAUGUGUACAGCUAUGGCAUUAUGCUCAUGGAAACUUUCACAAGGAGAAGGCCAUAUGAUGAAAUGUUUCACGAAAAUUUGAGCAUGAGGAGUUGGGUCUAUAAUUCACUAACUGUCGCAGAUAAUAUUAUUGAUGUCACCUUAUGGGAACCUGAAGAGACUGAUUUUGAGAAGAAGUUGCAAUUUGUGUCCUCUAUUUUGGAGUUGGCAUUGAAUUGCACCGUUGAAUCUCCUAAUGAGAGGAGGUACGAACAUGAAAGAUGUCCUUGCAAAUAUCAUGAAGAUCAAGCAUGAAUUCCUUCGCAAAUGAUGUAACAAGGUUUAUGCA